AGAAGAUCACCUCUCAAAAUUUGCUUUCAACUCUUGAGUAUGGGCUUUUACCAGGGUACUUCCGUUCUCCUCCUCUCUUCUCUUCUCUUCUGUUUUGGCUCUCUUUCGCUACCAUCCCAUGCUAAAGACACGCUAACACUAGGCCAAUCAAUUAGCGACGGCGAGACGCUGAUCUGCGGCGAGAUCUUCGAGCUGGGCUUCUUCAGCCCUGGUAGCUCGAAGAACCGCUAUGUCGGAAUAUGGUACUAUAACUUCUCAACUGACACGGUCUUAUGGGUUGCCAACCGAGAGAUCCCAGUGCCGGACCACUCCGGGACCCUCGCCAUCGCAGAAAAUGGCAACCUGGUGGUCCUUAACGGGACUAAGAGUGUAAUCUGGUCGUCCAAUGCAUCCAUGUCAUCGAACGAAUCGACGGUGCAGCUGAUGGACACUGGAAACCUUGUUCUCCUCAACAGCUCAGGAAGCACCGCAUGGCAGAGCUUCGAUCAUCCCACCGACACGUACCUCCCCGGCAUGAAGGUUGGGCUCGACCUUCGGACGAAUGUGAACCAGCUCUUUUUCUCGUGGAAGAGCAAAGAUGAUCCAGCGAAGGGGAACUUCUCCAUGGGCAUCGACCCAAGGCGGUCGACGCAGAUCUUUUUAUGGAAGGGGACUAAACCACGGUGGAGAUCCGGCGGUUGGAACGGGCAGGUGUUCAUCGGAAUUCAAAACAUGGUUGCAACUUACGUCUAUGGAUUCAAGCUCAGCAACUUUCAGCAGGAGCAGAAGAUGUACUUCUACUACAAUGAAUUCAAUAGCUCGCAUCGAUACGUUCUGACGUGGGACGGCAUUGAAGAGCACUUGAUAUGGAACGGCACGAAACUGGAUUGGUAUCAGUUCUGGGCGCAACCAAUUACGGAGUGUGAAUUCUAUAAAUGCGGGAAUUGUGGUAGUUGCACCGAUGGGAACACGCCGAUAUGCAGCUGUUUGAAGGGGUUCGUACCAGCGGUGGACAGGGAAUGGAACGGUGGGAAUUGGACUAGUGGGUGUGUCAGGAGGACUCCAUUGCAGUGCGAGAGGAACAGCACCAGUGGCGAGAAGGCUGAAGCUGACGGGUUUUGGAAGCUGCAAGGGGUGAAGUUGCCGGACUUGUCGGACUGGGAUUCGGAUGUGGCGGACGAGAAUGGAUGCCAAACGAGCUGUUUGAGCAAUUGUUCUUGCAAGGCCUAUGCGUAUGUGACAGGGAUCGGUUGCUUGAUGUGGGGAGUGGAUUUGGUCGACAUUCAUGUGUUCUCAAGUGGAGGGAAUGACAUGUACCUCCGGCUCGCCGGCUCGGAGCUAGAAGAAGAUACCAGGUUAUGCUAUAGUUAUAUAAUUGUUUUGACAGUGGUAUUUGUACUGGGAUGCAUCUAUGUCUUGUGGAAGUGCAGGAGAAGAAUAAGAGAGUAUUUUAAGGGAAGAAAGAGCCAAGGUGUUGGAAGAGUUGAUCAGAGUAGUGGUAGAGGAGCAUCAACAGAAUUUUCAGUGGCAGAGGAAAGGAAGGAUGGAGAACGCCAAGAGCUACCUCUGUUAAGCUUUGAUUCCAUUCUAGGUGCCACGGGGAAUUUUUCUUCUUUAAAUUUGCUUGGUGAGGGCGGAUUUGGUCCUGUCUACAAGGGCAACCUACCAGGGGGCCAAGAAAUAGCUGUGAAAAGACUAUCAAGGAGUUCUGGGCAAGGCCUGGAGGAAUUCAAGAAUGAGGUCAUUCUGAUAGCAAAAUUACAACACAGGAACCUCGUUAGACUCCUGGGAUGCUGCAUUGAGGGAGAAGAAAAGAUACUGAUUUAUGAGUACAUGAGAAAUAGAAGCUUGGAUGCUUUCCUUUUUGACUCAAGAAAGAAAGGGCUCUUGGACUGGAAGACGAGAUACAAUAUUAUCGAAGGGAUCGCACGCGGCCUGCUCUACCUUCACAGGGACUCAAGGCUACGUGUAAUCCAUCGUGAUCUAAAAGCUAGUAACAUCUUGUUAGAUGAGGAGAUGAACCCAAAGAUCUCAGACUUUGGCAUGGCAAGGAUCUUUGGGAAUGAUGACAACGAAACAAACACCAAGAGAGUAGUUGGUACAUAUGGGUAUAUGUCUCCUGAAUAUGCGAUGCAAGGAGUGUUCUCCGUGAAGUCUGAUGUCUAUAGCUUUGGAGUACUACUGCUGGAGAUUGUGAGCGGGAGGAAGAAUAGCACCUACCAUCACCCAGAAUUAUCUCUCAACCUCUUAGGAUAUGCUUGGAAAUCAUGGAAUGAGGACAAUGUGAUGGAGUUUGUCGAUCCAUCCAUAAGGGAUUCCUGUUCGCUGAGCGAAGUAUCGAGGUGCAUAAAUGUGGGGCUCUUGUGCGUGCAAGACCGAGCAAAUGAUAGGCCAACCAUGUCAUCUGUCGUUAUAAUGUUAGAGAGAGGGACUACUGCUAAUCCCCAGCCAAGGCAACCCACAUUUGCAGCAGAUAGGAGCAGCAGUGAAACUGAGUCAUCAACAUUGGAUCCCAUGGUCAAUUCAGCUAAUAUGACGAUCACUCUGCUUAGUGCGCGGUAG